CUUCACGGUGAAGUUCUUACAAGCUCAAGUACUCUGAAGGUGAGUGCAGUUAAGCGGAAAACAGUGUAGACAACUCUGCAGACCCAAACAUACAUUGUUGUGGGCUAUUUGAGCAGCGAUAACCGGCAGUGUGAUGUUGGCGUCACUAGAUUCAAAAUUCCGCCGUUACAUCAAUUGCGAACUAAGAACGCCAUCAGUAACGCGUGUAUCAACAACGUGUGAAAUGUCAGUGAAACUCUGAGUAAAUAAUUCUAUUCUAAAAUGCGAAGCGCCAUGCCCGAAUUUGUCAUACCGUCCGACAAGGAUCAACUUCUUCAGACCCAGCCGGGAAAAUACUCCGUUAGAAAUGUAUAUCCGCUUCGGGACAUACAAAACAUUCUUGCUGAUACAAAUGCUAUCCUGCAGGAGGAGGGGCCCAGCUUCUUGCUCGAACACUUCGACAAAUUCUUCUCUGUUCUCGUGCACGGCUCAAAUUUAAAAAUACCUGUUCACCUUUUAGCAGUUGAUCGAAUCCACAAAUGCCUUAAAAUGUUUACAAACGAAUUAGAAAAGCAGUACGACAGAGGAAGAGAACCAGCGGCAGAAGAUAAACCACAACUGCUUACCAUCACCAAUAUGCUCGCUUACCUGUUGUCUAGUUUAAUUCGUCACAUCGAGAUUGUUGUGUCUGAAGAAUCUGCUGGCGGAAGUUCAAAGCAACGGAAGAAAGUAUCAUCGAAAACGGAUUGGGAACUCAAGUGGUAUGAUCAAAUCGAUGAAAUUUUGGUACAGAUAUAUCACUGGAUACAAUUGCCACUUGAAAAACUUUGGCAACCGCCAAUAGCUGAUGGGAGUUUUAUCAAGUGCAUUUCAGAAAUAUGCUACAGGGUUCUAGAAAGAUGCAAAAAUGUCAAAGACAAAUCUGUGCGAGAAUCAAUCUUCCAAAUACUGGGGACUCUAGUAAAGCGGUACAACCAUAGUAUAUCCUUUGUAAUAAAAGUAGUUCAGUUGGUCAAAAUGUGCGAUGGACUAGCAGUGUAUUUGGCAACUGGUAUAAUAGAAGUUAUUGAACAAACCAAAUGCACCGGUAUCAUUAAGGAGAUACUGCGUGAAGUUGACCGAGCAACCCCAGAGGAAGGGGGUACGCGUAACAUUGCGACUUUCCUUGACGCAAUUGCUUCGUCAAAACCAAACCUCAUAUUACCAGCUGUUAGCAACUUGACUGACCAUCUUGCAAAUGAGUGCUACCUAAUGAGAAACUGUGUGAUUGGUAUACUGGGAACGAUAGUAAAAGAGAUUCUAACAUCUGAAGAUCUAUCUGAAGAUCAGAAGACAACACGAGACGAGUGUUUGGAGAACCUUAUGGAUCAUUUGUUGGACACAAACGCGUUUGUUAGAUCCAAGACUCUUCAGGUCUGGCAAUAUCUUUGCACAGAAGGUGCCGUGCCCUUAGUAAAUCAAAACGCUCUUCUUACGGCAGUAAUUCACCGAUUAAAUGAUAAAAACGCGAUUGUUCGCAAAUAUGCUUUUCAAUUACUCAGAACUUUGUUGCAGUGCAAUCCAUUUGCUGGAAAAUUCAACUUAGACAAGUUGACACAGCAGUUGGCAGAUGCAAAGAAAAAACUCAAGACUCUGAGAAUAAGAUUUGCAAGUAUUAGUAAACCAGGAGCGAAGAUUAGAGUAGACAUUUGGAAUGCGCUUGCCCCAAGCAUCCAAAGUGCUAUAUCAAACAUAUGUGUCGAAGAGCACAUGGAAUGCGAGGAGGAUAUUCUUUCUGAACUGGAUUCUCGCUUUGAAAAUUUGAGACAGCUACUUUUUCAAGAAAAAAUCCGCGAAGCACUGGAACAGCUAAUGAGUUUAAGUGCAAAAUUGCCAGAAAGUUUUCCCAUCGAUACUAUGACCCCUGAAAACAAAGAAGAGUUCCUAAUGUCUGUACUGCACAAAGUAUUCAUAGAUUCGCAAGAAGUUCAAAUAGUUACAGAAAAUCAAGGGAGUGGCGAUAUUGAUCAACAAAUGAAGGAAUAUGAGAAAGAGAAGGAAACGAGAAAAGAAGAUUAUGCAACUCAAGCGAGAUUGGUGGAGUAUAUUAAGAACUGUUUAAUCUUCGCUACUGAGCUUUCUAAGGCGAUACCUGUAGCAGAAAUACGAUUGUCCUCGAUCUCACCGAGUGAUGCCAUAGAAGCUUGCAGUUUUCUAGGCAUUGCAUGUCAGUUUAAAGUUGAAGGAGCGAAAGAUGCUAUGCGCAAGGCACUUCGCCAGGUUUACAGUUCUGAUGUAUCAGUUUGUGAAAAUCUGGCUGAAGUAUACACGGAGUUAUACAUCAGAGAUAGUGAACAGUAUACCUCGGAAAGGCACAAGGCAUUAGUUAUUGCUAAAGCACUUAUUAAAAUGGUGAAGAGUCUGGAACCUGGCGAAAGUCCUGCUCUCACAAAACUCAUUACGCUAUGGCGAAAAAAAGAAGUAAUAAGUGCAGAGGUGUUUCGGGUAUUGUGGGAAAGGUUUUCUCUCAAGUUAACGGACACCUUGCCAGAAGAGAGUCGAGCGGCACUUAUGCUCUUAACUAUGGCAUCUACAACUGAGUCUGCCGUUGUUACGGGUAACUUUGACAUUCUUGUCAGUGUGGGCCUUGGCCCAAGGGCAGAAACCGACCUUCUACUCGCUAGAGAUACUUGUCGUGCAAUGACGAAAGUGGCAGUGCAAAAUCCUGACCCAUUAAAAUGCCCAUCGAGGCUUCCCAAUGAGCACGAAGUGUUUGAAAAAAUUCUACUUCUGUUGGUGAAUAAAUUUCAAGACAUUGACGAAACUUGCUAUACCACAUUCUCAACGGAAGCAAUCAAUGCUAUUUAUCACUUAGCAGACCAACCAGAUUUAUUGAUGAAACAAAUGCUCAGCCAGUUGGUGAAAAAUUUUCAAUUGGCAAAUGGUACAAUUCACAGAAGAAACAUGCCUUCUGCACAACUUGCAAACCUAUUACACGUUGUUGGCCACAUUGCUAUUAGGCAAAUGAUACAUUUGGACAUGCAUGUAUACAAGGAAUUGAAGCGAAGAAACACACUGAUAGAAAUGGUGAAAAUGAAGAGGAAAGGAGAUAUAAAUAUUCGAAAUAUUGCAGAUACAACGGCAAGGAGCAUUCGUGAUGGCGAAUUGGAUACACCUUCCAGUGCUAGUCGGAUGAGGCGCCUAAAAGAUACUUCUACGAUUGAAGAUAAUGGGCAAGAAGCAAUAGAGGGUGCAACAGCGGAUGACAGUGAUGCUGAGUUUAUUCACAAUGUCUUGGAAAAUGAAGUGGUUUCAGGAAACGGAUUAUUAGCCAAGUUUGUGCCCAUGGUUUUGGAUGUUUGCCAACAUCCUGAAAAGUACACGGAUGAAGAUGUGCAGAUAUCAGGAUCACUUGCUCUUAGCAAAAUGAUGACUGUAAGCUCAUUGUUUUGCAAGGAAUAUCUUCAGCUUUUAAUUACUAUAAUGGAACGCUCGCCAUAUCCAUCUAAUAGAGCAAACCUCCUUGUUGGGGUAACGGAUCUGAUGAAUAGAUUUCCAAAUGAAGUAGAACCUUGGACUAAGCAUGUCUAUGGCAGACUUAGAGACGAGUCCCCGCUAGUCAGACGCACUUGUGUCAAAAUGUUGUCAAACUUAAUAAUGAAGGAAAUGGUCAGAGUUAAAGGUCAAGUAUCAGAAUUGGCACUCUGUGUCAACGAUCCAGAGGAAGACAUUCGUCAAGAAACUAUAAAAUUUUUCAAUGAACUGGCCAAUAAAGGGAACGCUCUAUACAAUAUCAUGCCUGAUAUUCUAUCGAGGUUAACAGACUGCGAUUUGAAGCUUGAUGAGGAUAAGUUUCAGCAUAUAAUCAAAUUUGUCCUGGGUCUUCUGCAAAAAGAGAAACAAAUCGAUGCAAUCAUUGAAAAAGUCUGCAUCAGAUUCAAACUGGCUACAACUGAGCGUCAAUGGCGCGACUUGGCGUACUGUCUCUCGCUCCUUAAGUUUAAUGCAAAAGGCAUUCGUCGCCUUGUCGAUAAUCUUCACCACAUGAAGGACAAAAUCCAUCAUGAGCCAGUGUUCAAAGUUCUUAAUGGAAUUGUGGAUCAGGCAAGGAAAAAGACUGAAACUAAGGCAGCAUGUCUUGAGCUAGAAGAAAAGCUGAAGCAAAUGCUUGAUGGCAAUGACAAAGAGAAUGAAAAACCUGAUUCCGACGCCGCUAUCAUGCCGCCACCACCUGCAACGCCACGACAGCUUACAACGUCACGACAAACUGCAACCCCUCGACAAGCAAGAACACCACGAGAAGCGACAAGGAGAAGCAGUAGAAUACGGUCCACUCCAAGAAACACGUAAUAAACGAAUAGGUGCAUGAGAGAAUAGGACAAGUCAAUUGAAAAAGCGUAAUGUGAAGAAUAAACCACUUGGGGAACAUAAGCGAACAACUAGGUAAUAGGUAAAAAAAUCAUUGAUCUUAUUUUUUUUUAACUAAAAAUAUUCUUCAAGUUUUAUAUCAAUCAUUCCUAAACUCACAGUUACAUUCUGCAACGCGACUGUUUAGUGAAUUGAAUCAUUUCUAAUAAAUAUUAACUAUAGCGCAAUUUUAUAAUUCUCUUUUUCUCUUUGAAUUGAAACAGAAUGACCAUUUUACUCAUCUUCAUUCUUGAUAGCUGUAGCUUUCCUUAUGCCGGUAUUAGCAUAUUAUCUACUAUUGAUAGUUAGAAAUAUAAUAAAGCGGAGACAUUUAACCAUCUGGAUAUCAGCUGGGUCGCAAGUGACUCAACACCUUAAAGUCAUUUACGUUCAUUUUUCGUACUCUGUUUUUUCUUUAGUACUGUUUUACAAACUUAAUAUAUCAAAUUCGGGCCUGCACCAUCAUAUUUCUAACACUCGGACUUUUCUAUUUUACUAGUUUACAUGUUGAAACAACGAAUAUAGACGUAUUUUAUAUAUGAAAGAAUUUUUCGAUCACUCAUGCCAGAGGUGUUCACAAUCAAGAUGCCAGAAUACGCUGUCCCCAGUUGGUUAAUUUCUCUCGGUUCUUCUUUAUUUUGACUUUAUUUUCUUUAAGCUAAUAUACAUAUACUGAAAACUUUAUAUACAGAUAAUGGUACCAAUUAGUGUGGCGAAGCAAUUCUCUCAAUUCCGAUUGAAAGUCAUCCCAGAGUGUAAUUACGCCUGUUGAAAGGUAAUGUAAUGCACAAUUUUUUCUGUAACAUGUUGUACUGUUUUCCGUGUAGAUUACUCAGUGAGCGCGAAGAGCACUUUCUUUACAGUUUCGAUACAAAAAUAAUUGUAAAUUAGGGAAAGUGGACCAAGCGCAGUAAGUAGUUAACACCAUUAUUUUAUGAAGAAAAUCUGCUUAGCUGCUACUUCAUUAAUGGGCAGAAAUCAAAAGAUGAAGUAUUAAAUUAGUCGGUACUUUAAAAAGACACAUCUUUUAUUUAUUUUGUCAAUUAUCAUAAUAGACACUUAUAUACGCAAUCGAUAUAUAGAAUGUUAUGAAGGAACAGAUAAACCACUUGCAAUAACAAACCUUUGGAAAGAAAACUAAAAAAAAUUACAUUAUAUUAUUUACAUCCAUGUCAUUAUUUUAUUUUGGAAAUUGUCACCGACUUCUACGCUGUGGUUUGCAAUGAGUAACCCAAAAUCAUCAAGAGGUUUUUUUCUGUAAAUAAUAGUAAUAACAACAUGAUAU